AGAGAGUCUUACCUGACAGAGUAUGAUAUCUUGCUGACACUGAGACAGCAGCGAGGUUCCGUCCUGUCGUCUCUUCCAUCCCUCAUCACCUCGGACACAAACUUGAAGGACUCUUUGUCCUCAGUCCCUGGGCCAGCCGGGUCCAGCUGCACUGAGUAGAGUCUGCUCAUGUCUCGAUUCAGCUGCAAACCUUCUUUCCAUAUGACCCCGUUGUCUUUGGUCCGCUCUGUGCUCUACUUAUCUGACAGCUGCAGUGCCAUAAACACACUGCAGUCUGGUCGCUUUAUCGCAGGGAACUUUGAUCCACGCUUGUUAAAAGAAGGCAGGACGCCGAGUAAAACGACUGGCCGCGUGUCCUCGAACGCAGCACGGAGCAGAUGGCAGAACAUGACUUUGGAAGAGCGUGAGAAAAGUAGUUCCUGUUGAGUGAAAAACCGUAGACGUUAAAGACAAGAAGAAAAGAACGGUGGGGAUGAGAGGUUCAUUCACCUUUUGACCUGCCAAACAUUGAGCUGCAUGCAACAUGGUGGACACUGACAGAAGCUUCACUCAGGCCAACGGAUCUUCACAGCAGCAUGCAGACACACAACUGUUCUCCUCAGAGGAGGACAGCAGUCUGUACUUUACGUACUCUGGCGAUUGUAACCAGUUGGAGGUUAACAACCUGCACUAUGAGGUGGACACAGCAGCUCAGAUUCCGUGGUAUGAGAGGCUGUCAGAGUUCAAGUUGCCGUGGGAGAUUAAAGGAGACAAGCAGACAGCCAUCAACAACCUCAGCCUGCGUGUGUGCAGUGGACAGAUGUUGGCCAUUAUUGGAAGUUCUGGCUGCGGUAAAACGUCCUUGUUGGACAUCAUCACUUGUCGAGACGAAGGCGGCGCCAUCACCUCUGGCCAAAUUCUGAUCAACGGUCGACCCAACACGGCCCAGCUGGUGAAGAAGAGCAUCGCUCACGUGCGGCAGGACGACCGCCUUCUUCCUCACCUCACUGUACGCGAGACCCUCGGCUUUGUGGCCAAACUGAGACUGCCCACGCACUUCACGCAGACCCAGCGGGACCAGAGGGUGGACGACGUCAUCGCAGAGCUGCGUCUGAGACAGUGUGCCCACACGAGGGUGGGUAACGACUACGUACGGGGGGUCUCUGGAGGGGAGCGGAGACGGGUCAGCAUCGCGGUCCAACUCCUCUGGAACCCUGGUAUUCUGAUUCUGGACGAGCCCACGUCGGGCCUGGACAGCUUCACGGCCCACAAUCUGGUGAUCACGCUGUCCCGCCUGGCUCGGGGAAACCGCCUGGUGCUGCUGUCCGUCCACCAGCCUCGCUCGGACAUUUUCCAGCUCUUCGACCUGGUCGUCCUGCUCUCGUCCGGCUCGGCCGUCUACUGCGGCGCCGCUCGGGACAUGGUGCCGUACUUCACGGCGCUGGGAUACCCGUGCCCGCGAUACUGUAACCCAUCUGACUUCUACGUGGACCUGAUCAGCGUAGACCGGCGUAGUCCAGAACAGGAGGCUGAGUGUUUGGAGCGAGCCAGAGUGUUGGCGCAGCACUUUAUGGACAAAGUCCGAGACACGGAUGAUCACAUGUGGAAGAGCAGCUCGUGUCCAACGCUCACUGACAGUUGCCCUGACAAGGCGGCGGAGGAAGAAGAAGAUGCCAUCAUCAUCGCCAAGCAACGAGAGCAUCUACCUGGCAGACUCCAGCAGUUCACCAUCCUCAUCAGGCGUCACAUGUACAACGACUACAGAGACCUGGUCACCCUGUUGGUCCACGGUCUGGAGGCCCUGCUCAUGUCUCUGCUGGUGGGUUGUCUCUACUACGGCGCAGGCGAGCAGCGUCUGUCCAUUCAGGACACGGUGUCCCUCCUCUACAUGAUCGGAGCGCUCACGCCCUUCGCCGUGGUGCUGGACGUCAUCGCCAAAUGUGAGCGCACAAUUUUUGUGUCUUGGGUCAAGGUCACCGAGUGUUGGAAGAAUACAAUGAUCGUUUUGGAACUUUUUAUGACAGCCAAUCACAAGAUUGACUUUUGAUUAACUGCACAGAUUAUGCCAGUCAGAGAUAUGACGGUUCAGCAAGUCCGAGUGAAGUCAAAAGUCCAACAUAAACCUACUGGACAUUUCAUUUGGAACACCAUUGCACUCUCGUAGCAUGGCUCAGAUGGUAGAGUGGUUGCGGGUUCGAUACUCGGUUACCCUGUGACCAUGUUGAAGUAUCCUUGAGCAACCCCCAGUUGCUCCUGAUUCUGCGUCAUUAGAUAGAUAGUACUUUAUUGAUUGCUUCAGGAGAGUUCUUUCAGGAAAAUUAAAAAUUUA